UUGAAGUAAAUAUGUGUAGACACUUUAUUCAGCCUCCAGGCUUCAGUCUUAAAAGCCUACCUCAAAAACUGACCAUCAAAUAUGGUAGAUAAAUACAGCCACCUGGUGGCCAAUCGUUAUACAGCAAGAUCCAUUUGGUGGUUAGAUGGCACCCACACUGUGAGACAGUUGCUGAGUCUACUUACAAUAGUUUUUUAAUUAUAUCUAUCAUAAUUUCUCAUUAGUCUCAUGUAUACGCACUGCCAGUGUUGUUCAUUGAUCAUUGUCUGUUUGUUUCAUGUGUCCACUUACAGAGUUGAACUUACAGAUCAAACAGAUGGUUUAAUAAUUCAUUUUUUUGCAACCUUCUUGAUGCUUCUGAGUGAGUAGUUUGGCCAACCACAAGGCAGACUUUGUGUACAGGGAUAGAAGAUAAAGAUUUUGUGUUUUUUGGCUUCAGGUAAGCACCUCCACACCGACGUCAUCCAUGGAUUAGACUACUCUCUGAUUGUUCCCCCUGCAGCCUGCAGCGCCACUGACGCACUGGGUUGGAAGUGGGUCGGCUGGGCAUUAGUGAAGGUGGCUGUCUGGAUCCUGGUUAGAUAGACAUAUAAUUAGGUUGUCUGUUCGUCUGUGGUGCAUGAUUGUCUCAUUUCAACUGCAGAGGGCCAGGUAAGCACUCUCAGUAUAUUUUCAUUAUACUGGUGUUCAAAACAAUGUUGAGGUAUUUAGUGUAAACACCUGUGUAGUAGUGUAGUUGCUAUAGUAGACAGCUGUGAACAGUUUUAGCCGGAAUAGUUUUUAUGGAACUAAUGUAGUCUAGAUGUUCACGGAAAACGACUAGAGAAACAGCUAAAUCAUGUGAGAGCACAAGGUUGACUUAGACUAACAAUUUAACAGGCUUCUAUUCUGCAUCCAGCCUGUCACUUCUAUGUAUGGUUAUGUAGAGCUGUGUGGCAGAGCAGCAAUCUGACUUCUACUCAUCACCUUGCAUGUCAAUACUGAAGAAAGAAAGAAAGAAAGAAAGACAGACAGACAGCAAGAAAGAAAGAAAGAAAGAAAGAAGUUGUGUUGUGAUGUGAUGUGCAGAAUAGUAGAAUUAGUAGAAUUUAUUGAUACAGCAGACCUGGAUACUUUUAACUGCUGGUAGGUUUGUAUGUGGGGAUUAUAGAUUAAUCAGUCAUCAGAAAAUUAAUCAGCGUCUGCUUUGAUUAGUCCUCUUUAAAGCUAAAUUGUCAGAAAUCUACUGGAAAUCUGUUCAACCAAUGUGAAUGUUUUCUAUUUAUCUGCUAUGAUAUUAAAUGAAAUAUUAAAUCUUGUCCAUAUCUGAAUAAACAAGCUGUUCUCAAAGGAAAAUAAGCUCUCCAGAGCACUUUUUGAAGCUAGAAAGGUGGCAGGGUCCGCCACAUAUAAACAAAGUAAAACAGUAUGAAAUUGUAUUGUCCUUUAAGAUCAGUCUGUUUAAAAAUCAGUCAAUGGAGAUCUCUCUCUUAAAUAAGUCAUCAUUAAUCAUUAGGUCCUCCUGCACAGAUAAAGGACAAAUACAUGGUGGUAACCUCUCCCCCUGUUGUCUUUUAGCUUGGAGCACACCAAGCCCUCAGCCGUGGUCACUGGCUUAGGCAGUUCAAAAAUAAAUCAGGAAACCAAUAUAGGACUGUAAGCCAGUGAGCUAGACAGCUUUCACAUCAUUCAUGCGUCGACAUUCACAGAUAUAUCGAUCCACGAUUAUCCCAAUAAUGAAAAUUCACCACGAUCAGCAAUAAAGUGUUAUAGUAUCCCGUCACUACUUCCUGCACAGAGCUUUAAAUAAUGAGAAAAGACUUUGUCACACAGGAGAGGGUAUCUGAGGUUCACAGGGUUUCUGGCUGCUGCCAUGGAAAUGUGUCUGCUGGCCGACCGUUCAAGCUUUUCUUGUAGCUGUGAUCUCUUUAGUUUGACCACUUUCCUCUCUCUCCAACCUUCUCAGGUAAUCUUACUCUCCCAUCAGCCCCUUUUACCUUCCUUUCCUGUCCUUAUAUCACUGCCUGUAAGCUUUCCACCUUCGCAACAUGGCAGAGGCCCCAGCAUCCGCCUCCUCCGAGGAUGGUCUGUCUGCGCUGUGGCAGUUUUCCACUCGGCGUAGCAGGAAGCCAGGCUGCUCCAACAUCUUUACGGGGGUCAACCUGCACCAGCUGCAUAGGCUGUUCAGAACAGCGGGAGGCAGAGACGCUGAACAUCGGGCGAAGCUGGUGUGGCAAGGGAUGGAUGCAGACAGGGAGGGAGCAGAGGCGGCGAAGGAGGAGGAGGGCGAGGAGAUUGAGGCCGAGGCAGGCCUGGCCCAGGCCCUGGUGGGGCUCCGGGUCCGAGCGAGGAAUAAGGCGGGUGUCAGGGCCGAGGGACACAGAGAGCACAAGUGGCUCAAAGCAUCAGGAUAUCUCAGGAUUGGGGAGCCACUAUCAGACCACAUUGUUGAAGAUGAGGAGGCCAACAUAGAGCCCAGUCCGGGAGAAUUUGUGCCAGAGACUGUGGAAGACGUCACAGAGCACCAUAAUCCUUUCAAACCCUCGUCAUGGAGGUUGGAUGUGGCACGACAGGAGUGUGCCAGACACUCUGAACGCUAUCUUCACCGCAUCCUCCACUAAGAAUGGACUGGAAAACAACACACACUGGUCUGAGAUUCUGUGCAGCUCAAUAAAGAAACACAGGACUGAUUUUAAAUAAGGUCAUACUGUAUCAACAUUGUUAGGACGUUCUCCUAACAUGCACUCUGUACUUUGGCAAGUUAUCUUAGCGAUUCAUUCUUCCAGUUAUCAGGGUCCGAAAUUAAGUGGACCGGUAGAUAAAAAAGUCCACCGGCCACAAUAAUAUAUUGCCUUUUUUGUGUUACAUAUACAUUAAUUUCCAUAUAUUUAAUUGAGAUAAAGUAUCAUAUUGAAUACAAACUUAAAGAAAAGCCCAGAGCAAAGUUGAAGCAUAAUUAUUUUUAAUAUAUUGAUGAAUGUACUUGCUAUCAACAGGAGUUAAAGCAAGAAAAUCUAUCAACUGUUCUAUGUCUGAAAAUAGGCAUUAAGCCCCAAACAGAUAGAUAGUAACUGAGUUACUCCAUUGACAGGAAAUUCAAAUGUGUAUUUGCAGACUUUUGCAGGAGGCAGACAGGAACAGGACAUUGUGUGAGGUCUGAAAUGAAAUUUUGCAGUGUGUGAGUGCAGUGCACCUUUUAAGUCACACCAUGUUAAAGGUUUGCUGGACAGUUACUUGUCCCACUCCAGAUAAUUCAUGAUAUAUUAUCAUGGUCAAUGGUGGAAGGUAUUGUAACACAGUGUUAAAUGCUAUUUUUUAAAGAACACUUUAAAUGCAUUUUCUAGUCAAGGAUGUUGUUGUUUUUUAUGACUUCAUUCUGAAAUAAAAGUGCAAAUGAAAAUCCAUCCAUCUUGCACUCAUCGGGUUGGGCCGACAGACGAUGGCAUCAUUUGUC